AUGAAUGCACUAACUGCAAGUCGCUAUGGGCGAGAGCGUCUGCUAAAUUACUAAAAUGUAAAAUUAUUACACUAUUUGUAUCCGUUCAUCAGUUUCAAUUGGGGACUAUUAUUUUGUAGCCAAACCACAAAUUCCACUAUUGUGGCUAGCUUCACACGGGUACUGUACAGUGGAUCAUAAUUCUAAACACGCUUGAGUGAACGAGACCUGAUUAAGAAUGGCUCGUGCGUUCAUAAAAUCGCCAUACUCUGGGAAGAUUUAACGUUGGAAUUCUACUCAAACUAAAUAAGUUCAAUUAUUUUCUUUAUGUUGUAACGGCCACGAGGGAAAAUGUAAGGAGACAACAAUUGACUUUAUCAACAAUGUAGCUGUUGUGUUGGCAAACUGAGACGAGAUGAUUUUCAAAACGCUCGCAGGUAAAACUUCGUUCGUGGGGCUUCGUUUACCGCAGACAUUUCUAUUCUUACUGUUUCUCGGAAGUCUGGGAUUUGGAGCUUUGUUCUUUUUGCCUGAAACAUCUCGUUUGAAACGUAUUUUUCAACAUAAUUCGGACAACUCGGCAGUUAUCACCGACUCGAUGAAUGGACAAAGUGCACAGCCCAGCUCACCCAUUGGGCUCAUUGGAACCGCUCGGUUCGAUAUUGGAGUGCUACGUAUACAAUCACAACUCUCAUCUUCAAAUGGAAAACAGACAAAUAAUAACAAGGAAAGUAGUCAAGGAACAGUUUCAAUGGAACAUACGUCUGAAGGUGACGCUGCCGACGACAAGGUGCAUACAAGGGGCGUGGUGGUAUCGAGUCGGGCGCGCUCACCUGUGAGAGUGAAGUUGAGGAAUUGUAUGCUGAAACCGCCAUACGGCGCAAAUUAUGGAAAACCUAGUGAUCCUGAAUCUCUGCAGCGUCGGGAGAAAGUCAAAGAGCCUGGAUUCUAGCACAGCCCCCAGACUGAAAACGAUAAGGUGUCUGUCUGUCUCUUCACUGUUGCCCAUGAGGGAAUGCAGUUGGCAUCUUUUGAAAAGCCAGACAAAUUCAUCAACAGGCUGCAAAUCUCCAGGUCAAUAAUGCUGCUGCAUGAUGAUGAAGUUUGCUUGGGACAACUAUAAGCGCUACGCAUGGGGGCAGAAUGAGCUGCGACCACUCUCCAGGAAUGGCAAUGAUGGCAGGACAUUUGGUGGGUUAAGAGGUGCCUCUAUUGUGGACUCUCUUGAUACCCUCUACAUUAUGGGGCUUGGUGAAGAGUACCAGGAGGCCAAGGAGUGGGUGGAGAACAACCUGAACCUCAAUGUAGGUGGAGAGGCGUCUCUGUUUGAAGUGAAUAUCCGCUACGUGGGUGGCCUGCUCUCUGCCUACUACCUAACAGGAGAGGAGGUGUUUAAAAGGAAAGUGGUGGAGCUGGGGAGAAGUCUGUUACAUGCCUUCAACACUCCCACAGGCAUACCACAUGGAGUUGUCAACCUGGCCGGUGAUUCCAGGAGGUGGUCCGGAGGGGAUUUGGGGAGGAGCAGUGUUCUAGCAGAGUUUGGAACCCUGCAUCUGGAGUUUGUUCAUCUGUCAGAACUCACCAAUGAUCCCAUUUAUACCGAGAAGGUUAUGAAUAUUAGGAAACACCUGAACCAGCUGGACAAGCCACGUGGCCUCUACCCAAACGCUCUCAACCAAGUCAGUGGGAAUUGGGAACAGCAUUAUGUCUCCAUUGGGGCCCUUGGUGACAGUUUCUACGAGUAUCUAAUAAAAUCCUACCUGAUGUCAGACAGGACAGAUGAAGUUGCUAAAAGAAUGUACUAUGCUGCACUGGAGGCCAUAGAGAAUAACCUAGUCCAGAGGUCUCCUGGGGGGCUGAUCUACGUGGCUGAGUGGAGAGGGGGUAUCCUAGACCACAGGAUGGGUCACCUGGCCUGCUUCUCUGGAGGGAUGAUCGGGAUCGGGGCUGAACACGGCAGUCCAGAGACCAGGCAGCACCAACUGGACCUGGCUGCUAACAUCACCCAUACCUGCCACGAGUCCUACAGGCGUACACCCACUAAACUGGGCCCAGAGGUGUUCCGGUUUGAUGAUGGAGCGGAGGCUACAGCACCCAGAGUAAACGAAAGGCAUUACAUCCUGAGGCCAGAGGUCGUGGAGAGCUACAUGUACAUGUGGAGACUGACCCAUGACCCCAAGUACAGAGAGUGGGGCUGGGAGGCUCUGGAGGCUCUGGAGCAACACUGUCGACUUGCCACAGGGUUCUCUGGUAUCAUUGAUGUCUACGGCCAUAUAAUCCAACACGACAAUUUACAGCAGAGUUUCUUUCUGGCAGAAACACUCAAGUAUCUCUACCUGCUGUUCUCUGACGACGAUCUCCUGCCUCUGAAGGACUGGGUGUUUAACACAGAAGCACACCCUCUACCUGUCAUCCCCAGGAACUGCUCUCAGGAGAGAGGACACAGACCCAAUUGGACUCAUUGACAGGCUUAUAGGGCUCCUUUGAAAUGGACCAUAUAUGGUGUAUGUUCAUUGUCAGGCUUAGCUCCAGUGUUUGGCCCAAACAUUUUGCCUUUAUGUUUUUAUCUCUGAGGCCUGGCCUCAAAAAGCCCUAAGAAAUGAUUGGGGGCCCCCUUUCUGGCCCUAGUCACUUUGAUUAAACUGCAGGAGAUGGAUGGUCAGUGAGACACAUAUCUCCUGUGGAUACUGUUGAACUGAUUUUGUCUUCACUGUGAAAGCUGUUUUUGUUUCUGUGAAUCAUCAGAAACCAACAAUGAGUGUGUAUAUAUAUCUACUUCUUUUGCCUCUGUGAGGGAAAUUCCCAUAUCACAGGGAAUGAGCUGAACAUCAGCUGUCUGAGUGUCAAUAUUUAUUUGUGAUAGGUCCAUUGUGCAUUAAAUCUGUCUGCUAUGAU